CAAUCAUGCAAAUCUUCGUCAAAACGUUGACUGGAAAAACUAUCACCCUGGAGGUGGAGGCUUCCGAUACCAUCGAAAAUGUCAAAGCCAAGAUCCAAGACAAGGAAGGAAUUCCACCAGAUCAGCAGCGUCUCAUCUUCGCCGGAAAGCAGCUCGAGGACGGCCGCACCCUGUCUGACUACAACAUCCAGAAGGAAUCUACUCUUCACUUGGUUCUUCGUCUUAGAGGAGGAAUGCAGAUCUUUGUCAAGACUUUGACUGGAAAGACCAUCACACUUGAAGUUGAAGCUUCCGACACGAUCGAGAACGUCAAGGCCAAGAUUCAAGACAAGGAGGGAAUCCCACCAGAUCAGCAGCGUCUUAUCUUUGCUGGAAAGCAAUUGGAAGAUGGACGCACACUCUCUGAUUACAAUAUUCAGAAAGAGUCUACUCUCCACUUGGUGCUCCGCCUCAGAGGAGGUAUGCAGAUCUUCGUCAAGACAUUGACUGGAAAGACCAUCACACUUGAAGUCGAAGCUUCCGACACGAUCGAAAAUGUCAAGGCUAAGAUUCAAGAUAAAGAAGGAAUCCCACCAGAUCAGCAAAGACUUAUCUUCGCCGGAAAGCAGCUCGAGGACGGCCGCACCCUUUCGGACUACAACAUCCAGAAGGAAUCAACUCUUCAUUUGGUUCUCCGUUUGAGAGGAGGUAUGCAGAUCUUCGUCAAGACAUUGACCGGAAAGACCAUCACCCUCGAAGUCGAAGCCUCCGACACCAUCGAAAAUGUCAAGGCCAAGAUCCAAGACAAGGAAGGAAUUCCACCAGAUCAGCAGAGACUUAUUUUUGCUGGAAAGCAACUCGAGGAUGGCCGUACCCUUUCGGACUACAAUAUCCAGAAGGAAUCAACCCUCCAUUUGGUGCUCCGCCUAAGAGGAGGAAUGCAGAUCUUCGUCAAGACUUUGACCGGAAAGACUAUUACUCUUGAGGUUGAAGCUUCUGACACUAUUGAGAACGUGAAGGCCAAGAUCCAAGACAAGGAAGGUAUCCCACCAGAUCAACAGCGUUUGAUCUUUGCCGGAAAGCAACUCGAGGAUGGCCGUACUCUCUCCGAUUACAACAUCCAAAAGGAGUCUACUCUUCAUUUGGUUCUCCGUCUCCGAGGAGGAAUGCAAAUCUUCGUCAAGACUCUUAUCGGAAAGACCAUCACCCUCGAAGUCGAAGCCUCCGAUACCAUCGAGAACGUGAAGGCCAAGAUUCAGGACAAGGAAGGAAUUCCUCCAGAUCAGCAACGUCUCAUCUUCGCUGGAAAGCAGCUCGAAGACGGCCGCACCCUUUCGGACUACAACAUCCAGAAGGAAUCAACUCUUCAUUUGGUUCUCCGUUUGAGAGGAGGUAUGCAAAUCUUCGUGAAGACUUUGACUGGAAAGACUAUCACCCUCGAAGUCGAAGCCUCUGAUACCAUCGAAAAUGUGAAGGCCAAGAUCCAAGACAAGGAAGGAAUCCCACCAGAUCAGCAGCGUCUUAUCUUUGCCGGAAAGCAAUUGGAAGAUGGGCGCACGCUCUCUGAUUACAACAUUCAGAAGGAAUCUACUCUUCACUUGGUUCUCCGUCUCCGAGGAGGAAUGCAGAUCUUCGUCAAGACUCUUACAGGAAAGACCAUCACGCUCGAGGUGGAAGCUUCUGACACUAUUGAGAACGUGAAGGCCAAGAUCCAAGACAAAGAAGGUAUCCCACCAGAUCAGCAACGCUUGAUCUUCGCCGGAAAGCAACUCGAGGAUGGCCGUACCCUUUCGGACUACAAUAUCCAGAAGGAAUCAACCCUCCAUUUGGUGCUCCGUCUCAGAGGAGGUAUGCAGAUCUUCGUCAAGACAUUGACUGGAAAGACCAUCACACUUGAAGUCGAAGCCUCUGAUACCAUCGAGAAUGUGAAGGCCAAGAUUCAAGACAAGGAAGGAAUCCCACCAGAUCAGCAGAGACUCAUCUUCGCCGGAAAACAACUCGAAGACGGUCGUACCCUCUCCGACUACAACAUCCAAAAGGAGUCUACUCUUCAUUUGGUUCUCCGUCUGAGAGGAGGUAUGCAGAUCUUCGUCAAGACAUUGACCGGAAAGACCAUCACCCUCGAAGUCGAAGCCUCCGACACCAUCGAAAAUGUCAAGGCCAAGAUCCAAGACAAGGAAGGAAUUCCACCAGAUCAGCAGAGACUUAUUUUCGCUGGAAAGCAACUCGAGGAUGGCCGUACCCUUUCGGACUACAAUAUCCAGAAGGAGUCUACUCUUCAUUUGGUGCUCCGUCUCAGAGGAGGUAUGCAGAUCUUCGUCAAGACUUUGACUGGAAAAACCAUCACUCUCGAGGUCGAAGCUUCGGACACCAUUGAGAAUGUCAAAGCCAAAAUCCAGGAUAAGGAGGGAAUCCCACCAGAUCAGCAACGUUUGAUCUUUGCUGGAAAGCAGCUCGAGGAUGGACGCACUCUAUCCGAUUACAACAUCCAAAAGGAGUCGACACUUCAUCUCGUUCUUCGUCUUCGCGGAGGAGACAUUUAAAUCGAACCCAUCAAUUCACUCGUUAUUCCUCCUCGAUCUCCGUUCAAGUAACAAUUAUUUAUUCUUUAUUCCUUCGGGAAUUUCUGUAUUUUAAUGAACGAGCUCUGAAUAAAUUCAUU